UUGACAAGUUGAAUUAAAAGUUAUAGGGUUAUAAAAUGAAAUUUAUUAGAAUAACUAUUUAAAAAAUCAUGUUAAUGCAAAUAAAAAUGAAGUUGUAGUUAAAUAGAAAGACACGUUGAUAAAUAGUGAUAAAAUAUGAAUAUUUAAAGACGAUAGUUCACACAUAUUAUUAAAUUUUGUUGGAAUAACAAACUCUAACCUCAAAAGCUGCAUAUACAUUAUUUAGUGGUUUGUUUUAUUUUUUAACGCUUAUUAACGAUGUUACCUCAAGCUACUGGCCUGAGAAACUUAUCUCAACAAAAUCUACUUCAAGAAUUACGCCUAUUUAUCGGAGGUACUUCCAAAACUAUAAAAUGCAAUUCCUUAGAACUUACAAAAACGGCUUUAUCCCUUCUAAAGCAGUUACCGCCCUGUAGGGAGGCUGUUUUCGAAUAUUUUCAUGUCGUCUUUGAUAAUGCGACUUUAAAUUAUGUGACCAGAUUAGAGAAAGAAAUAGCAACAGGACAGAUGCCCCCUGCUUCAGAAGAUGAUGAAACAACGAUAUCUGAAAUCCAUUCUGUUUUAUGCAACUUUAUUUCUACGAAUGCAGAGGCCUGGGCCCCUAUAAUUAGCACAUGGUCUUUGGAAUUAUUAGGCGAGUUGUCCACUAGGUAUGCUGGUAGAGCUCAUGUGUCAACAGGUGUAAAUGAGACUUUGCAAUUGUGGAUGAGCUGUAUAAGUACUCGUACCUUAAUUGAUGUAACUACACAGUGCCUAUCUUGUUUGAUGAAUUCGGAUACGGAGGCUUGUAUAAGUGCCCUUUUAGAUACUUCUGUUAAGCAUUCGCCGAAUUUUGAUUGGGUUGUGGCACAUGUAGGCAGUUGUUUUCCUAACACUGUCAUAACAAGAGUCCUGUCUUGUGGCCUUAAGGACUUUUGUCAAAAUAAGUCUUAUGAACAAGGCUGUGAUUCUCCUAAACUUAAAUCAGUCGUCGGUAUUUUGGGGCAUCUGGCUGGGGGUCACUGUAACGACAUCAGAACGGCACUUUUAGAUUUAUUUAAUUGGAGCCAUAAGCAUAUGCUUUUUCAAGAUGAUAGCACAAAGUCACAAAAGAAAGCAACAGUUCCAUUCCUACUUCAGUUGGCCUACCUUUCACCCACUUUAUUCUCAACAAUUUGCAAAGAUAUUAAGAAAACACUAACUUUGGAUGUUAUCGUGGAGUUGUAUAAUUACACUGACGAUUGGUGCAAGUAUUUCGGAUCUUCGGAGUCUCUGCAAACCCUUCUGGUCAAUUUAAUAUUGAAAUGCGAUGUGGGAGCUGUGCAAAUAAUUAAUUUACUUAUGGAUUGCAUUCAAACUGACAAAUUGGCCACAGACGACGAAUGUGUGAAAAGAAAUAUACGGGAUACUUCGAGAGAGAUUUUAGAACUCGUUUUACAUGAAGUCGACUCAGCUGUUCGAGUUCAAAGCCAACAAAAUGAAUCUGUUCAUAUUUUACAAUGUUUUGUCAGAGAAAUUCUGGACGUUCACGAGUUACUAUUAAGUCCUGACAAAGUAAAAUAUCAAACUGCUGCUCAGAUCGUAACAUUUGUUGGGCAUACAAAUCCAUAUCUACUAAUAAAUUCGAUAACGUUUCUCUUCGAAAAUUCCAAAACAGACGAACAACUGGUUUUGAUCGUGAAAAUUCUUUUUAAUGAAUUAAUCGACAAAACUUUGCAGCCAUAUGCCGACAAAAAAGGCCAUUUCGCUAUGGUUCUAGAGCAAGUUUUGAGCAAAGUUAAUACGCGUAUAAAUCUGGCUAAAGAAAUUGAAGAUGACAUAGAUUCGAUGCUGGUUUGGAAAAAUUUACUUAUAUUACUUCAAUGGGAAAAAGGCGAAGUUUUCCUUUUAAAGUCCAAAAUUAUUUCACGAGCAAUUCACGCAAAUUUCAUAAGCUUGACGCGUUUGUUUAGGAGUGAGAAGUUACCCAGCUCCACGCUGCACGUUUUCGCCGAGCUUUUCGAAAUUUUUGGUAUUCCUUCGCAUGUAGACCACGAGUCGUACAGGAUUCCUAUCAAAGCCUUGUUGGAUUGCAGUAUUGCUGUAGUGAAAUAUUUCUUCGUUUGUUGUAACGAACAAGAUGAAAUCGUAAAGCACAACGGCUGGAGACGAGUUAGGACAAUUUUAAAACGUUUAUGCCUACAUUCGAAAGCCGUGAGAGUCUUGACGUUACGGGAACUAUUAGAGAAAUCGCUGUAUACCAAAAACAGUGUGUUAUUUGGGGCAAAAAAUACAAAGCUGGAGAAAAACGUCGAGUUUGAUAAGAGCGUUUUGGAACAGAAUAAGAGGAUGAGUAAAACGAUCCCUUUGACAAAACAUUCGUCAGUUUUUAAUGGGGGCAUUAUAGGGACCGGUAAAAGAAUGCCUGCGACCCACGAAGCUUUGUCACAAGACGUAGUGGCAGAAAACACAGACCAACUGCUUAAUACAAUAAAAGCCUGUUGUGCUACCCUUACCGAGGCUGACGCCAAGGUCCUGGACGUAUCCUUAGAUAAUGUGACUCUGGUAUCCUUGCUCCUGGUUCAGUUCGUCAGUCCUGACGUCAUGUAUAACGGACUCCCAUGGCCCGAAGAAGAAUUUGCAAAGGUGACCAUCGAAAGGGACCUGUACAUUCGUCGACUUUUCAAUAACAACCCUGUCAUGUGGGAAUUAUUGUCGUUUAUUGCUGUCUAUCGACCUACUUUAUGUUACUGUUCGGUGCUUCUGAGAGCUCUCACGGCUACACUUAUUCAUCAGUGGAACAGCAUGGGGAAUCAGAGCAAAUCAACCGAUACAGGAAACUACAAUUCGUUGAUGGACACCACCGUCAAAGUUCUAGAUGUGAUGGCGUUAGGACAGCUCCUUCCUCCACCAUUGUCAGGAAUACGCGACGUUAUAUUGUACCUCAAAAAUUCAGAGAUCGUGCAAAUUUUAAGAAAUUGCGUGUGGAACUACAUGAGGGACAACGUACCGUCUCCUGCGCUUUUCACGUGCGACUCAGCGGGAGUUUAUUGGAGGGACCCGUCACAUUCAAAACCCCUCGAAAUGUAUACUAGCACUUUGAGAUUAAUCAUGCAAAAGAAUAUAAAAACUGUCGGUCAAUCUUAUUGCCAAAUGUUCGUGAUCAUGCCUCAUUCUAAUUGAAAUUGAAAUUAAUUAAAACACCAAAAGAAAUUUUAA